GAUGAUGACGACGACGAAGAUGAUGCCGAAGCAGAUGAUGAUGACAUCGAUUUGCUUGACUUAGCCGAAGAUGUUGAAGAAGCUGCCGAUACUGAUGCCGCUUCAGGUGCAGCAGCCGCAACUGCCAACGUACCAAAAGAACCAGUCGCUGCUGCUGCCGCCACCACCGCUGCAACCGAAUCAGAAGACGAUGGCGAAGACUUUGCUUUGUUAGGUAUUGGUGAUGAUUUGUUCGAAGCAUUCUUCGCUGAUGAUGAGCCCGUAAAGAAGAAACCAGCUGCAGUUGUUGUUGAAGCAACCUCAGCCGCCGCUCCAGUUGAAUCACCAAAACCAGCCAUCAAGAAACACAGCACAAAGAAAACGGCCACAAAGAAAACAUCAAGCAAAAAGACAACCACCGCUGCCCCACCAAAGGAAGCUGAAACAGUCGACAAAGAGAAACCACAAUUCCCACACACACCAGCCCUUCUAGAAUUGGCCCAACAUACCGCCGCUGAUAAAGAUACAGCUGAAAAAAAUAGCGAUUCAACCGAAAAAUUCGGCGAUUCAACAGAAAAGAAUGAAUCCAACAAAAUGGAAGACUCAGAGAACCAAUUGGUUGACAAUUUGGAAGACAGUGAAGAAAGUGGAGACAACAUGAUCAUUGUUUCAAGCUCAGAGGACAAUAGUCAAAAAGACGAGGAUGAGGAUGAGGAUGAAGACGACGAAAUCGUUUUGGAUGAUGAGGAUGCCACUUUGGUCGAAGAAGUCAACGAUGCUAAAGAGAAUGAUGAUAAUGUUGCAGCCGAAAGUGACGUCGUUGAAACCGUUGAAAAACAUACACCAAAACCAGUGACAAAGAAAACAAAAAAGAAGGACAAAGAAGAUGAAGAAGAAGGCGGUAUUUUGGACUUAGUAUUAUCAACCAUCACCGGAGAAGAUGAUGAAGAUGACAAAACAAAAACUGAGACUGCGGACAAAAAUGAAGAAGACGAGGACGAUGAAGAAGAAGAAGAAACUGAAAAUGAGGAGGAAGACAACGAAGAUGAUGACGAAAAAACGGAAACCGAACCAGAAGAGGAUGAUGAAAAGGAGGAAAACAGUGUAACGGAUGAAGAACAAUCCGCAGUUGAACUUCUCAGCGAAUUGGGACUUAAACGAAGUGAACAACACUAAUGCUCGUUUCGAAUAACAACGACAACAACAAAAGACACUCACAAAAUACCACAAUUAUUUAAGCGAAACCGAACAAACAACAACAAAAUAGACAAAAGUAACAAUAAUGGUGCGAUAAAAGAAAAACUACAGCAACAACAACGACGAUCACAACAGAUUUUUUUUUUUGAAAAUACCUCAAAAUUCGCUGAUUUUAGUUAACGUAAACUAUUUAUUUAUUUAUUAAAAUUAUUUAAUUUAUUUAUUUAUUUUGAGUCGUGAAGAAGAGAUACGAAAAUCCCGAUUAAAAAAAACAAUACAUUUGAUGCGAAAUAAUCAAAUAAACAAA